CGGGAAGCGGGGCGGGAGCGCGGCUGCGGAGCCGGGACGGUAGCUGUCAUGGACGCCUGGGUUCGCUUCAGUGCCCAGAGCCAGGCCCGGGAACGGCUGUGUAGGGCGGCCCAGUAUGCCUGCUCCCUUCUUGGCCACGCGCUACAGAAACACGGGGCCAGCCCUGAGUUACAGAAACAAAUUCAGCAACUGGAGAAUCAUCUGAGCCUAGGAAGAAAGCUUCUACGCCUUGGUAACUCGGCAGAUGCCCUUGAGUCGGCCAAACGAGCUGUGCACUUGUCAGAUGUUGUCCUGAGAUUCUGCAUCACGGUUAGUCACCUCAAUCGAGCUUUGUACUUCGCCUGUGACAAUGUCCUGUGGGCUGGAAAAUCUGGACUAGCUCCCCGUGUGGAUCAGGAGAAGUGGGCCCAGCGUUCAUUCAGGUACUAUCUGUUUUCCCUCAUCAUGAACUUGAGCCGCGAUGCCUAUGAGAUUCGCCUGCUGAUGGAACAGGAGUCUUCAGCUUGUAGCCGGCGACUGAAGGGUGCUGGAAGAGGAACCCCAGGAGGAAAUGAAAAUGCAGGCGCUGGGGGUCCAGCGACUCCAGGAGGAGGCUUGCCUCAUCUGGCUCUCAGGCUUCAGCUCCGGGUCCUACUCUUGGCUCGGGUCCUUCGAGGCCAUCCCCCUCUUCUGCUGGAUGUGGUCAGAAAUGCCUGUGAUCUCUUCAUUCCACUGGACAAGCUAGGCCUCUGGCGCUGCGGCCCUGGGGUUGUGGGCCUUUGUGGCCUUGUGUCCUCCAUCUUGUCUCUUCUUACCCUCAUCUACCCGUGGCUGAGACUCAAGCCCUGAGGUUCUGGUACAGGAUUAGGAGAGGAUCUGACUGGGUGAGAUGGAUCUUAGAUCAUGCCCAAUAUUCCCACCUCCUGCUAACUCUACUCCUUGGUGAAAGUGGAAAUCCCAGGAUCUAGGGGUAGAGAGAAGAGCUUUGGGGAAGGUGAGGAGAGGAGAGGUAACUUGUGACGUCAGCGCGGUGAUUCUGAUGCUCAGAUCUUCUGGGGCCUUUGUUUCUUCCUCCUUCGUUGCAAUGUCUGUGUCUCUCUUGACCCCUUUUACUCUGUCUCUUCUAAGUCUAUUUGAGAUUCCAUCUCUACACCUUUUUUUUUUUUUUCACUUUCUCCAUUGGCUGUCCUAGGAAUUUUAAGCAUCUGACUUGUGGCAGAUUUUAUUCCUUUCGAAUGCCACCAGAGCAUAAUUUUAAAGACUCUUGUUCCAGGGGACUCUCCCCCUCACUCACCAGAGGUGGUUCAGCGGGUCUUCCUUGAUGUCUACCUCACCAGCCUCCCUCCUGCCUCGGCCCUGCCCGCUGCUCACAGCCGAAGAUUUCUGCUCACCCUUUUAGUUCAGGGCCUUGCUCCCCAGCCUGUUCCCGCCCGUUCUUCGCCUGUGCACAAUGAUGCUACGUGUGGCAUCUUGCUGUAAAUACUGUACAGAAGUUCCAUGUAAAUAACUGUGGCCUGUGCCCACGAUGGGGAGCCAGCCUCCCGGGUCAGCACAUUAAACAUCGGUUUGCUCCUCGA